GAAGCAUGGCUGCCAGAUGGCUCCUCAUCUUCACAGUUCUCCACUGUCAUUUAUUCUCUAUCUGCUCUUCUCAUCGACCGUACAGAGCUCUCUAUCCAGUGAAGCAAAGAGUGAGGAGAGGGGCAGAAGCACUGAGCAAUCCUGUCUUCCAGAGGUCCGUUAAAGACGUCGAUCUAUUGUUUGAGAUUUUGCACUCGGGGCUGGAUUUUCCCAAUGACGACCCCCACCGCCACCACCACGACAGCUUCCAGGUGCGCGACCGGGAGCUGGCCUCGCUGCGGCGGACGCGGGCCCUGGAGGUCAUCUGCGAAGACAUCCUGCCCAGGACGCUGAGCGAGAUCCGCCGCCUGACCUCCGCCCUGGCGCAGCACGUCAACGCCUCCGUGCUGAGGCAAGAGGACUUCGAGCGCACCCUGCUGACCAUGGUGUACACGGCCCGGCACGUGGCGCACGCCGCCAGCCACCAUCAGCGAGGUCUGUGGGCUGAGUCCCUGGUGGAGCUCUAUCGCGUGGUGAAGCGAGACCUUGCUGACAAGUGACAGACCGGGCGGGGAGUGUCGUCGGGGAAGUAAUAAUUGGGCUGGGGCAGAUGUGUCAAUCACUACGUUUACAUGAUGUUUUUAAUUCCGAAUUAAUAAUUCUGAAUUAAAUAGGUCUGCCGAGUUUGCUUUGAUCUUUCCUUUAAUUCCGAAUUCAGAGGUGUUUACAUGACGUUUUCAAAGCGGAAUUAAGCUUUAUUCAGAUUUUAAAUAAGUUAAUUCCGAAUUAAAUGUCUCAUGUAAACGUAGCAAAUGUGUCUUGAGUUGAGAAAGUGUCAGACCCUGUCACAAAUUUGGGUAACACUUAGAAUAACGGUCCCUAAAAGAUUGACAAACAAUUGUAAAUAAUUAACUAUGAAUACAUUUACAAAGGUUUAUACAACAACAAGACUGCAGCGUCCUGGAACUUAAGGACGAGCAACAAAGAGCAAGAGAUGAAACCACUGGAGCUAGAGAUGUCCGGGGGCAAGCAAACACACAUAAAACUCAUCCAGUGGGAGUCGAUUAGAACAGUGGUUCCCAACCUUUUUCUUCAGGGACCCAUAUUUUUACCAUUCUAAGCUUUGGUGACCCAAUCGUGCGAGCGCCCGCACGAGAGGGAGUCACAUGAUACUCUGUUUCCUGCGAAAACUCAUUAGUUAUCAUUUUAUUCCUCAAUUUGUCUUCAGUCAAAUACAGAAUAACUGUUUAAAUCCCUUACAUUUUGUUGCUUCUAUGCAUAUUAGUUUAAAUACUUUGUCAUUUAUUCAACGUGGGCUAUAUAUGGUAUUAAAAGUAAACCCCUUAAAAUCAAGAGGGUUUCACGACCCACUGUGGAUCUUUGGCGACCCAUAGGUUGGGAACCACUGAAUUAGAAUAAUGGUCCCUAAAAGCUUGAUAAAGAUGUGUAAAUAAUUAACUAAUUAUGAACACAACAUUUACAAAGGUUUGGACAACAACAAAAAUGCAGAAGUGUGUCCUCCAAAGAGCAAGAGAUGAAACCUACUGGAUAUGUCCGGCAGGCAAACACACGUAAACCCAGAGGCUCAUCUUGUCACCAGGCUAGGCAGGCAGCUGCUUGGAGCCCCAAAGCUCAUAGAUGGUGAAUAACAUCUUACACUUUCCUACAGUAGUGACAAUUUUGUGUAAAUCUUGUGUCACUUGGGGCCCCAGCUGACCCUGAAGUCGCACCUGCAUAAAACUCAUCCAGUGGGAGCCAAUUCCCACUCUGCUGUGAAGCCAUAGGUUGGUUCUUACUCAUUUACAAAGAAAAUGUAAAUGUUUUGUUCAUAAUAAGUUCGUUAAUAAAUGGUAAUGUGUUCUUAAACCUAUUUAUUGGUCAAUUAUUCUUAAGUGUUUCCCAAAUUUGAUGUAACUAGCUCUGAAUCACAUGAUGGUAUUGAGUACUCAAUAAAGACACUGUACAUUGUCAAUAAUCAAUAAUUACCUGUGUACGAAAGAAAUGCGGCAGGGCCGCAUAAUUAACAAUUUAGUUAGUUAUAGUUAUUGUAGCUUGAAAACAUCCAUUCAGUGUGAAUGAAACUGGGCCUAUUUUUUAUUUUGGAGGGAAU